AACAAAUCUAUCGGUCUCGGGCCAUCAGCGCCACGAGCUCCAAAGCCCUCCCCGCCGCCACCAGCGAGCGCACGGAAUCUUUGCUCCUCAUCUUUGCCAUGGCGAGCAAGAAGAGCUCGACGCGGACGUCUCCCAUGGCCGCCGGCGCCAGCCUUCUCCUUUUCCUCCUCCCCUUAGCCAUCUCGGCUGCUUCGCCGUCGUCGGACGCGGAGGUGAUCUCCCGGUUCCAGGAGUACCUCCGCAUCGACACGGCGCAGCCGGCGCCGGACUACGCCGCGGCGGUGGCGUUCCUCCGGGGCCAGGCAGACGCUGCCGGGCUCGAGGCGAGCACGUUGGAGCUCGUCGCCGGCAAGCCCCUGCUGCUGCUCCGGUGGCCGGGGCGGCGGCCGUCGCUCCCUUCUGUGCUCCUCAACUCCCACACCGACGUCGUGCCGUCGGAGCCGCACAAGUGGGAGCACCCGCCCUUCUCCGCUGCCCUCGACGAGGCAUCAGGUCGCAUCUACGCGCGAGGCUCACAGGAUAUGAAGUGUGUGGGAAUGCAGUAUCUUGAAGCCAUCCGCCGUCUUCGCAGUGCAGGCUUUAUCCCAGACCGAGAUAUCUAUCUUACAUUUGUUCCAGAUGAAGAGAUUGGUGGACAUGAUGGUGUUGAGGCAUUUGUUAAAUCAACGGAGUUCAAAGAAAUGAAUGUAGGUUUGGUUCUUGAUGAAGGGCUUCCAUCCCUCGGGGAGGAGUACCGUGUGUUCUACGGGGAGCGUAGUCCUUGGUGGCUUACUAUUAAAGCUAAGGGAGCACCAGGGCAUGGUGCAAAGCUGUAUGAUGGUAGUGCAAUGGAGAAUUUGAUGAAGAGUGUGGAAGCAAUUAGGAAGUUCAGAACAUCACAGUUUGAUUUGGUCAAGUCUGGAGCAAAGGCUGAAGGAGAUGUCGUAUCAGUGAACUUUGCAUACUUGAAGGCUGGCACACCAACACCAACGGGUUUUGUUAUGAAUCUACAACCAUCUGAAGCAGAGAUUGGUUUAGACAUCCGACUCCCUCCUGGUGUUCAUAUUGAGGCAAUGGAGAGGCGUCUUGCUGAGGAAUGGGCACCUUCUUCACGCAACUUGACUUUUGAGUUUAAACAAAAAGCCUCUGUCCUUGACAAAUUUGGGAAGCCAGCCGUCACCCCUGCUGACAGCUCAAACUCAUGGUGGCCUCUACUUGAAGAGGCUGUGAAGAGAGCUGGUGGCAAACUUGGUAAGCCAGAAAUAUUCCCAGCCUCUACUGACGCUCGUUACUUCCGGGAGAUUGGGCUACCCGCAUUCGGUUUCUCUCCAAUGGCAAACACACCAAUAUUACUCCAUGAUCACAAUGAGUUUUUGAGCAAAGAUGAGUAUCUCAAAGGGAUUGGGAUAUACGAGUCUAUCAUCAGGACAUUGGCUACUCUUAAAGACAGCAAUGUGGACGAAGAAUCCAGGGCAGAGCUAUGAAGGUUUAGGCAAAAUGUGAGCACCAUGCCGUAAUUCUUGCAACCCAGACGGAGCACAGAAGUAUGUUUCGUCAAAGCAAGAGUCUCCUUUCUGCUCCUGCAGAUGGAAUCGAAACUUCGAACACGAUCUCUGUACAUUUUCAUUGAAUCUGGUUUAGAUUUUAGAAUAAAUUGAUCCUUCAUUUGCAGUUCACUUGUGUGCUUUCCACCGCUGCUUUGGUGCUGCUUGAUGGGUCACUGCCUCACUGCUGUAUUGUAAAAUAAGAAAAGUAACUCAUGCA